AUGGCGACUACCACUACCAGCAUCUAUGCUGGUUCGCACCCAGUGACUUUUGAGGUGGAUGACUCGCGCCAGGCUUCCCUGACCCACUCCUCUUCAAACAAUUCUUGGGGAGGCACUCGACUUGGGAGUCGACUAUCACAGGAUCACUCCUCUUCUGAAUUUACUCAUGAUAGAGAAGAUGUACUAUCGCAGACUCGAGCUGUCAUUCUCAUUACUGCCCUCACGGGUAUUACCUUUGUGGGAAGUAUGAGUGGUGGCUUGUUGACCAUUGGUUUACCGGAAAUCGCGGCAGAUUUGAAGCUACCAGAGAAUUUGCUGCUUUGGCCGGCUUCCGUUUAUUCCCUUGCAAAUGGGUGCUGUCUUCUCCUUGCUGGCUCUUUGGCCGAUUUUCUUGGUAACAGACGCAUUAAUCUCAUCGGUUGUGUGGGUCUGUGCGCAUUCAUCUUGGCCUGUAGUGUCGCUCAAACUGGCAUCCAGAUGAUUUUGUUCCGCACAUUUCAAGGCAUUGCGACCUCCAUGUGCCUUCCAACCGCUUUCAGUAUUAUGACUGAUAGCAUGCCCGUUGGCAAACGGAGAAACAUUGGUUUCGCUUGCCUGGGGCUUGGGCAGCCACUUGGAUUUUCCAUAGGUCUAGUCUUCGGUGGCCUGUUCCAAGAUAGCAGCCUCGGUUGGCGUUUCGGAUACUAUCUCUGUGCUGGUGUCACGGCCGUUCUCACGCUCAUGCUUUACUUCAAGCUGCCGAUCGAUAAGCCGCGCGAGGCCUUCACGCUCCGCAGACUUCGGGAUGAGAUUGACUGGGUUGGUAUUGUUCUCUCCAGUUCAUGCUUGGGUUUGGUAUCAUAUGUCUUUGCCAUCAUCACUGAUAAUCCUGGCAACAUUGAUCAUGCCGAGAACAUAGCCAUGUUGUGUAUUGCGGCAGCCUGUAUCCCUGUGUUCAUGUGGUGGAUGAGCUGGCGAGAGAAGAACGGCAAAUCCGCACUGAUUCCUAACUCCUUGUGGAAGAACACUGCGUUCGCUUCGAUUUGCUUGAUGGUCCUUCUCACCUGGGCGGUUCUGAACGGAACAGAAACCAUUCUCAGUCUCUUCUUCCAAGAAGUUCAAGACCUUCCGCCUAUCCAGGCUGCUAUUCGAUUCUUGCCCAACGUGAUUAUUGGAAUUAUUCUAAACGUUGCAACUGGUCUCCUAGUGCACCGCCUUCACGCCAAUUAUCUCGUCCUUGUAACUACGCUCCUCAGUGCUGGGUCACCACUGCUAUUAGCCAUAAUUGACCCGCAUUGGUCAUGGUGGUAUUGCGCGUUCUGGGCCGUGCUACUGGGCCCUCUUUCGGCGGAUGUCAUCUUCACUGUCGCAAAUCUAAUUAUCGCCGAUUCGUUUACCCCCAAGACGCAAGGUCUUGCUGGAGCUGUAUUCAACACUAUCGCGCAGUUUGGUACAUCGAUUGGCCUCACUGUCUUUGCCAUUGUUUCAUCGAGCGUCACUCAAGAGUCAUCAUACACUAACAAAGGAUCGCCCGACGCCCUGAUGGCAGGCUAUCGUGCUGUGUUCUGGACUUGUUUCGCACUGAUGAUGGCCGCCUCUGUCAUUGGUGCUUGGGGGUUACGCAAGGUUGGAAAGGUUGGACUGAAGACGGAGUAG